AUGGAGGGGGUGCACUGCGAGCAUGGUGAUUGCCUUGUCCAGAACGUGUGGUGGAAUGACGUGUGCGAGGAUGCGCUGAGCAUCAAGGGCGGCUCUGCAAGCAGCAUGACAAGAGUGGUUGGUGGCGGUGCACGCUCGGCCGCUGACAAAGUGGUGCAGCACAACGGAUACGGAUCCGUGUCCAUUGAGGGCUUCUACGUGCAGGACUUUGGAAAGCUCUUCCGCUCAUGCGGGACGUGUGGCGACAAGGGUGUCAGCAUCAGCAUCAAGAACGUAUUUGCCGUCAAUGGUCGCGUGAGUAUCCUGACAAAGAACAAGAGCGACCGUGCCACAAUUGAGAACAUCAAGAUCAAGGGCAAGAAGGUCGACGUGUGUUCUUGGUCGGAUGGAACGGGGGCUGGAGGUGAGCCGAGAAAGUCUGGUGUGGGCCCGUCGGGAAGUGGCUGCAGCUACUCACCUAAUACCAUCACCUAUGUGUGA